CACCAGGCUCUCUCCCUCUCUCUGGGUCUGUCUUUGCUCUUUGGGGUUGAGUCUUUUCUCUUUCAGGGUAUCUGGGCUGCUCCCAGUCUAGGUCCCCUGCCCAUCUGCUCUCUUCCCCUCUGUCUCCCUCCAGCAGAGAGCCAUCUCUCCCUCCUGUACCACCUCACUGCCGUGUCCGCUCCUGCCCCUGGGACUCCAGCCUUCUGGGUGUCGGGCUGGCUCGGUCCACAGCAGUACCUGAGCUACAAUAACCUUCGGGCCCAGGCUGAGCCGUGCGGGGCCUGGGUCUGGGAAAACCAGGUCUCCUGGUAUUGGGAGAAAGAGACCACAGACCUGAGGAACAAGCAGGAGCUCUUUCUUGAAGGUCUCAGAGCCUUGGGGGAAGGAGGACCCUACACCCUGCAGGGCCUGCUGGGCUGUGAGUUGGGCCCUGCCAACGCCUCGGUGCCUGUGGCCAAGUUCGCUCUGAACGGCGAGGAUUUCAUGAAUUUCGACCCCAAGCUGGGCACCUGGAAUGGGGAAUGGCCCGAGACUGAGACCAUCCGUAAGACGUGGACGCAGCAUGCCGGGGCGGUCAGCAAGGAGAGAACCUUCCUGCUCAACUCCUGCCCCCAGCGGCUGCUGGGCCACCUGGAGAGGGGCCGUGGAAACCUGGAGUGGAAGGAGCCGCCCUCCAUGCGCCUGAAGGCCCGACCCGGCAGCCCCGGCUUUUCUGUGCUCACCUGCAGUGCCUUCUCCUUCUAUCCCCCGGAGCUACAACUUCGAUUCCUCCGGAAUGGGCUGGCAGCCGGCUCAGGUGAAGGUGACCUUGGCCCCAAUGGCGACGGCUCCUUCCACGCCUGGUCUUCACUGACGGUCAAAAGUGGCGACGAGCACCACUACCGCUGCCUGGUGCAGCACGCAGGGCUGCCACAGCCCCUCACUGUGGAGCUGGAAUCACCAGCCAAAUCCUCGGUGCCAGUGGUCGGAAUCGUCGUCGGCUUCUUACUGCUCACGGCAGUGGCUGCAGGAGGAGCUCUGCUGUGGAGAAGGAUGAGAAGGGGGCUGCCAGCCCCCUGGAUGUCUCUCCGUGGGGAUGACGUAGGGGCCCUCCUGCCCACUCCCGGCGUGGCCAAGGAUGUGGACUCUUAGCACGUACAUGCAUUCUCAGCAGCGGCCUGAUAAUCGUUCUCCACUCUGGCUACCACCAGCUAAUGGAGUCAGGCCCCUUUCAUGCUGUGAGACCUCCUGGAAUCCUGGUAUUUCUGAGCCUCCAGAAAGAGUCCUGGGCCCGAUGACCUUCUGGAUUUCUCCUCCUGUGGUCUGCCUCAGUUUCCCCUCCUGACGAUCAUGGCUCUUUUUCACCUCCACAUAUAAACGCAAGUUUGGGCCCGAA